UAGGGAGCAUUUAGACAAGGGUUAUUUAAACCAAGGCUGGUGUAAAAGUGUGAAAACUGUUCUAGACGGCUGUGGCCUCACUCAAAUUUGGUAUACUCCCGAGGUUUUGUCCCUACGAGAACUGAAAAUUGUAGUUGAACAGAUAAUGAGAGACCAGUGUGAACAACUAUGGAGAAACGAGGUAAAUAACGAUUUCAGAUGUAUAAUUUAUAGAAUGUUUAAACAAAACCUGAAUAUGGAGCCCUAUGUUAAAAAAUUACCAUUAUAUCAAACGGUCAGUAUUUGUAAAUUUCGUACUGGAUCUAUAAAAUUCCCAGAAACAGUAACCAGAAUGUAUAGAAAUGAAACUGCAGAAAAUAUUUGUGGUCUUUGUGACCAGGUUUGUGUAAGAGACGAACUUCAUUAUUUUAUUACGUGUCCGUAUUUCCGUCACAUGCGAGUAAGGUUGUUUCCAAACUUAAAAGAAUUACCUCAGGUUUUUUAUCAUGAAUUUUUCCAUCGCAUUAUGACUAAAUGUUCCCGGGUAAACUUAGACAAUAUUCAUAGUUUUUGUAAAGAAUUCAUCAGCUUGGUCCACCAUAUGUAAAUGUUAAAUCAUGUAACCUCUUAUACCCGAAAGGGUUUUUUGGAGAGAAAUAAAUUAUGUUAUGUUAUGUUAUGUUAUGUUAUGUUAUGCAUGGAUGGCAGGACACGCGUGGUUGGACGUUUAGUUAUACCUUUAAACACCAAGUGGCAGCACCGUCCGGCGUGAGCGCAUGGAUGGCAGGACACGCGUGGUUGGUCGUUUAGUUAUACCUUUAAACACCAAGUGGCAGCACCGUUCGGCGUGAGCGCAUGGAUGGCAGGACACGCGUGGUUGGUCGUUUAGUUAUACCUUUAAACACCAAGUGGCAGCACCGUUCGGCGUUAGCGCAUGGAUGGCAGGACACGCGUGGUUGGUCGUUUAGUUAUACCUUUAAACACCAAGUGGCAGCACCGUUCGGCGUGAGCGCAUGGAUGGCAGGACACGCGUGGUUGGUCGUUUAGUUAUACCUUUAAACACCAAGUGGCAGCACCGUUCGGCGUGAGCGCAUGGAUGGCAGGACACGCGUGGUUGGUCGUUUAGUUAUACCUUUAAACACCAAGUGGCAGCACCGUUCGGCGUGAGCGCAUGGAUGGCAGGACACGCGUGGUUGGUCGUUUAGUUAUACCUUUAAACACCAAGUGGCAGCACCGUUCGGCGUGAGCGCCACUAUCGGUAAAACCUGGCAAGCAAUUGUUCAAAAGUUCAGAGAUUGAUGUGAUAAUGACUGAAGAGGGGAAAGCCCAGGGGAGAGACACAGUUCAGACAGAACAAGAGGACAAUCCACGGGACUGGUUACCUGACUGGGAAGCCAAUUCCACUCCAUGGCAUAGCCAUGACGUAAACAGGUUCCUGGUAAGAUACUUCUCCUUUCUCCAGUCUGGACGCGAGACCAUGAAGAUUCUUGUGCCGCUUUGUGGGAAAUCAGUCGCCAUGAUGUGGAUGUACAAACAAGGCAAUACACUUGUUGGUGUUGAGUUCGUUGAGAAAGCAUGCAUAGAAUUCUUUGCUGAACAAGGUCUUGCCUACUCAAAGAAGGAUGUGCCAUCAGUAAAGGGCUCUCUGUUCCAGUCAGAAGAUGAAAGGUUAAAGAUCUACUGCUGUGACCUCUAUAACUUUACAGUUGACAUAGAAGGACAGUUUGAUGCGAUCUGGGACCGGGGCUCAUUCGUGGCGCUCUCUUCAAAGGUGGAGUAUGCUGAACAUAUCCAAACACUGAUGUCACCUUGCUGCAGACACAUGGUAGAGGUGUUUGAAUACGAUCAAAGAUUACGAUCAGGCCCGCCGUAUUCCUCCACAGAAGAAGAUAUGAAAACAUAUUUUGGGACAAAGUGUAACAUCGCAAGAAUCGUCAAGCAAUAUGACCAAGAGUUUGGGAAAAAAUUUGGGAUUGAGGAAUUCUAUAUUUGCCUGUAUUUAAUUUCACCCAAGGCUCUGAAGCAGUACAUGUUGGAAGUGGGAGGUGUGAAGGCAGCUAACAAUACCAAUACUGAUUACUGGUUGACGAGGUGGGACCUUGGCCAAAUAUCGUACCAUAAAACUGAAGUGCACCCGUCCUUGAAGAAGCACUAUGACCUGCUGCUCGAUGGGCGCAGCUCACUCAAGAUACUGGUGCCACUGUGUGGAAAGAGUCAGGACAUUCUAUGGUUGUAUAAACAGGGCCAUACCGUCAUUGGUAUUGAGGUCGGUCAGAAACCUUGUGAGGACUUCUUUACUGAAAACAAAAUAUCGUAUACGAAGGAGAGAUCGGAUGCAGUUGAUGGGGAUUUAUAUAAGAGUGACGAUGGGAGAGUCCAGAUUUACUGCUGUGAUAUUUUUAGAUUUUCGAGUGAGAUUAAAGGUGUAUUUGACGGGUUCUGGGACCGGGGCUCGUACUGUGCUAUCCUGCCUCAGGACAGGGAGAAGUACUGUAGACUGAUGGCGUCACUGGCAGCACCAGGCUUUACAGCUCUCGUCGAAGCCGCAGAGUAUGACUCGAGAAUUUUUGCAGGCCCACCGCAGUCUCUGUCCGUUGAAGACAUGCAAUCCCUUUAUGGAAAUAAAACAGGUUCAGUGAAAGCAGUUGAGUCUGAAAAGUUGGUGAAGUAUGGCAUUGAGGACUUCUCACUCAUUACGUACUGUAUCAGAGGGAAAUAGAGGAGCUUUUUGAUUACAUAUAAUCACGUAGGUUCAUCCACAGCAAUAUAUUAUACCGCAUGCGUACAUGUAUACAGCCUUAUAAGGCUUACAGGACAAUUUUACGAUAACAGAUACAAUUUUAGUGUUCUAGAUAGAGUUACUUAUUUCCAAUGCUUGCUUUGCAAAGAUUGCCACAUAUUUAUGAAUACAAUACUCUUUUAUCAGGCGAUUCUGCCAUUUUCUUUUCCUUGUUUAGAUGACGAUAAUCAUAUAUUCUUUCUGAUGCAGUGUUUCUUACUGUAUUUCGUGUACCACCGAUUAUAACCUUGCUACAGGCUGAUGGUGUUUGUGAGCCAUCAGCUUUUGAUAGCUCUGUCUGUAGAUUGUUGUUAGUUGCCCGGUUAGGCACUAGAUUUAUUAACUGGAAUAAUGAUUAAACAGAUCGUGCAUGAUUUAUCUAUAACCUUGUCUCAUGGUAUUAGAUUUAUUAACUGGAAUAAUGAUUAAACAGAUCGUGUAUGAUUUAUCU